GCGCGUGCUUGUGCGCGUGCUUGUAUGUGAUAGAAGCCUUUUAUGUAGACGCCUUUUUUUCUUUUCUUUUCUUUCCUUUUCGUUUCUUCGUUCCGAUGUUGUCCUCUCGCUGUCAGACACGUAUCAUCGCUGGUUGUUUGCUUCUUUGCGGGGGGGGGGGCAACUGUUUUGUUUGUCUCCAUUGUAAUGUGGCGCGUUUAGGUCUUGAUGGUGGUUGCCUGGCGUUACACCUUUUUGCCCAAUGACUGCAUCUUCCACCUUGAUGGGGACUGUUUCGUUCGCUGUGUGCGCGUGUGCGUGUAGUAUUAUGUGCUGUGUGUGUGUACGUAUAUGUCGUUUUGGGUGUAUGUGUGUGUGUUGGUUUGUGUGAUCUUGAUCGUUGGGCUCCAACACGUUGUUGUGUGCUCCUUCCUCCCUCCCUCCCGCCCUCCAAUCCCCUCCCCCCAACGUACACAUACACACUAUUCCCCACAUCGUCUCCAUCUCACACCACCUCACCCACAGCACUCACUCAUUCUCUCUCCGGCCACAUGUUGUCUUUCCUUAUUGUGUGUGCGUGUGUGUGUGUGUUUUUUUUUCUUCUGUAUUUCGUAUUGUGAUUGGCUUGUUGCACAAGUGCGCCCAUCCCUGUUCCUUUCCACUCAAUGCCGUAGUUGUUGCCUGUGCUUUGCUUUUUGUGUUGAGAUGAGAGCAUGUCUUGCUUUGUCAUGUCAUCUCAUCGCCCUCGGUGUUUCUUACUUGGCCCCCUCUUUUUUUUUUCUCCCCUUGUUGUUGAUGUGAACGAAUGAACGAAUGAACGAAUGACACCGC